UUGGUGAGAAGCGAUCGAGAAUAUUGGUCUACUGUUUGUAUAUGUCGGGGCUAAAAAAGCCUAGAAAUGCCCAAUAAAACGAAAAAAGAUAAGACUACAACUAAGACAGCAGGGAAUGCCAAAAAUAGUAGCAAGGAUGCUGCCGAUAACGCUGAAAAUGAGAAGCGUAAAGCUGCCAACAACACAGGCGAGUCACAUCCUCCCCCAGCCCCUUUGACAAAGAUGAAACCAUUUCCAGGGGCCCCCUUGGUGAAAAAAGACAAAAGGCAGAGCUCUUCAAGAUUCAAUAUUACAAAAAACAGAGAACUGCAAAAAUUACCACCAUUAAAAGAUGCUGCGCAGGCAGAGCGUGAAGACUUAUUUGUACAAAAAAUUCAACAAUGCUGCGUACUGUUUGAUUUUAUACAAGACCCUCUUAGCGACUUAAAAUGGAAAGAAGUAAAGAGGGCCGCAUUGACAGAGAUGGUAGAGUACGUCACUCAGAAUCGGGGCGUCAUCACAGAUCCGAUAUAUCCAGAAGUUAUACAAAUGUUCUCGGUGAAUUUAUUUCGGACGUUACCCCCAUCGUCAAAUCCGAGUGGUGCUGAGUUUGAUCCUGAAGAAGAUGAACCUACACUAGAAGCAGCUUGGCCACACCUGCAGCUGGUGUAUGAGUUUUUCCUCAGAUUCCUGGAGUCCCCAGAUUUUCAACCCAACACUGCAAAGCGAUAUAUAGACCAAAAAUUUGUUAUGAAUCUGCUAGACCUAUUCGAUAGUGAGGAUCCUCGAGAAAGAGAUUUCCUAAAAACAAUACUACAUAGAAUAUAUGGCAAAUUUCUAGGCUUAAGAGCAUACAUUAGGAAGCAAAUAAACAAUAUAUUUUACAGUUUUAUAUAUGAGACAGAACACCAUAAUGGUAUAGCCGAGUUAUUAGAAAUUUUAGGCAGUAUAAUAAAUGGGUUUGCACUCCCUCUGAAGGAAGAGCACAAGGUUUUCCUGUUGAGAGUGCUACUCCCACUACAUAAGGUUAAAUCUCUAAGUGUGUACCACCCCCAGCUGGCCUACUGUGUGGUACAAUUCCUAGAGAAAGACCCAUCACUCACAGAACAGGUUAUUAUGUCAUUACUGAAGUUCUGGCCAAAGGUCCACAGUCCAAAGGAGGUUAUGUUCUUAAAUGAGCUAGAAGAGAUUCUAGACGUCAUCGAACCUGCCGAAUUCCAGAAGGUGAUGGUCCCGCUGUUCAGAACUCUCGCUAAGUGUGUAUCAAGCCCACAUUUUCAGGUUGCUGAGAGAGCGUUAUACUACUGGAACAAUGAGUACAUCAUGAGCUUGGUAUCAGAUAAUGCGAGCACUGUCCUUCCCAUUAUGUUCCCUGCGUUAUACAAGAACUCAAAAACACAUUGGAACAAGACAAUUCAUGGCCUCAUCUACAAUGCACUGAAGCUGUUUAUGGAAAUGAACCAAAAGUUAUUUGAUGAGUGUACUCAACACUACAAAGCAGAAAGACAAAAGGAAAAGAAUAAAAUAAAGGAAAGAGAAGAUGCUUGGACGAGGAUUAGAAAUCUGGCGAAAGGCAAUCCACAGAUCAAACAAUUUAAACAAAUUCUUAACAACACAAGUGGACCUAUGACAUCAGACGUCUUCAUGAAUGAUGACAAUGAUCCCGAUGGUGACACAGACAUCCAACUUAAAAACCUUGAAUCUGAGGCAAAGGAGGUGAUAAAAAAGAAAAAAGAAAAGCCUCUUCUUCGAAGGAAGUCUGAAUUGCCUCACGAUGCAUACACUUUAAAGGCCCUGGAAACUCACAAACGUUCAGAAGACUUUUUGACUACAUCAUCGGAAAAAAAUAAUUCAAAUUAGAUGGCGUGACUGCAUGGCUACUUACAUUAUACAACCCGAUAACACAGCACUGACAUCUAGUGGUGGUCCCCAAAGCAGAUGGCGUCUUGAGGCAGUUGUUCAAAUUCUUGCUGUUUCUCAGAAUUUCUUGGAAUUUAUCAUGUCAUUCCUGGUUAUGCCAUUACAUGCCUAUUCUAAUUUCUCUCAUGAAUUUCUGAGAAAAGCAUGCCGCUCUGCCUUAUAAGGGGUCUUUGUCAACCCACUACCUCACAACCCAUUUCUAACAUAUAGAUUUAUAUAAGAAUAUGUAGUAACAUCCAACCAUACUAUUAGUAACAUCUGGACUCUAUGUACACUAAGACUGCUUUUGGCAUUUGAGGAAGUCUAGAAUGAUCCGCGGAUAACCUGUUUAAAUGACUAAUUGAUCAUGAGAUGGCUUAUUUUUGCAUUGAGAAUACUUUUAUUUUGGCAUUUAUAUACUGUACAUGUAGUUUUUAUUUUUCGCUAGUAUUUUGAUGAUUUGACCCAGUAGUUGCAAAGUAGAAAGAAUGCAUAAUUGUUACCACAUGUGUAUAUACAUUUUUCAGAGAUUAUUCAAUGCUACAGCUUGAAUGAUAAUGACUCCCUCGCCACAAUUUAAUAUGAUAUGUUCAUAUCAAAGAUUCUUAAAGAAUAUUCAUCAUGAUUUUUUAAAAUCUUGGUUCAUAGUGAAUAUUGUUCUCUUACUCCUACCCCUGUAUCAUUUGAACUUUGGGGUCCAUGCAGAUUAUUGACCCUUAUAUUCUGGGUUGUGGCCCUUAUAUCUGGGUUGUGGCCCUUAUAUCUGGGU